GCUGAGAUGAUAUAAGGACAUGGUUGUUCCGGUUGGAAGUGGAUUUGCUGCCUCAAGAUUGGCCAUUUUAGAAUAGAAUUAAACAUGUUUUAAAUAGCAAAUGUACAUUUUUUUUAAUCCAAUAUGAUUUAACUUUAUAGUAAAAUGGUACUUGAGUCUUUUCCUUUCGAAGAUUUGGCGCUUUAACGCCUCCUCCUGCUGCCUGGCUCUCCAUCGACUGAAGAAACAAUGCAGGCCUAGCUAACAUCAACGCUAGCUAGCGGAAGCUAAUCGGAUAACGCUGGUCCACCAGACCGCAGUGGGAUUUAAACCUUGGACGAAGCCGUUUCGGAGCUUUAACACUACCCUAUCCGCUAUGAGCUCCCAGCUGCAGGUCUUCUCUCCUCCCUCCAUCUCCUCCAGUGCCUUUUGCCGCGUCAAGAAGCUGAAGGUGGAAAGCAAUGUUUGGGAUGUGUCCACCACUGAGGCUUACAGUUCUAUAGCUGGCCAGUCGGCGUUCACCUUCACCCCAGCCAUGGCUGUUCCACCCUUUGCACCAUCGCUGGUCUUCCCACCUGCAGCACCUGGCUCCAGAGGUCAAGUGGUGGUGCGUGCAGCUGAUAGCACUGGAAGUCUUCCCCGCGGAUCCAGCCGGAGAGUCACAGAGCAGGCAACAUCUUCCUCUUAUACUCACGCCGAGUCAACAUCAGACACGAGAGCCCACAGGCACGGGCAGAAGAGGAAGAUCGAGGAGGCCACUGAAGGCAGUGGGAGUGGAUGUGGCAGUGUGCAAAUAUUGGAGGAGCUCUCGGCCCCUGCAGCAACUUACUCCACACGCACGGGUGGAGGAGGCGGGGGAACAGGCCAGUCUAUACCCCACUCUGCUCCGACCACAAAGAGCAGCAGCUCCAAUGGUGAAGGGGACUAUCAGCUAGUGCAGCAUGAGAUCCUGUGCUCUGUGUCCUGCAGUUACGAAGUACUGGAGUUUUUAGGAAGAGGCACGUUUGGACAAGUAGCCAAAUGCUGGAAGAGAGGCACAAAUGAGAUUGUGGCCAUCAAGAUCCUGAAAAACCAUCCAUCAUAUGCUCGUCAGGGCCAGAUCGAGGUGGGCAUUCUGAAUCGCCUGAGUGCUGAGAACGCUGAUGAAUACAACUUUGUACGUUCCUAUGAAUGCUUCCAACACAAAGGUCACACCUGCCUGGUGUUUGAGAUGCUGGAGCAGAACCUCUAUGACUUUCUCAAGCACAGCAAGUUCAGCCCGCUGCCCCUGCGCCACAUCAGACCCAUCCUUCAGCAGGUGGCCACAGCACUGAUGAAACUGAAAAGCCUAGGUCUGAUUCAUGCAGACUUGAAGCCUGAGAACAUCAUGCUGGUGGAUCCUCUUCGACAGCCCUACAGGGUGAAGGUCAUUGACUUUGGCUCUGCGAGUCAUGUGUCAAAAGCUGUGUGCUCCACCUACCUACAGUCUCGUUACUACAGGGCUCCAGAGAUCAUUUUGGGUCUGCCGUUCUGUGAGGCCAUUGACAUGUGGUCUCUAGGUUGUGUGAUCGCUGAGCUGUUUCUGGGAUGGCCUCUCUACCCUGGAGCUUCUGAGUAUGACCAGAUCCGUUACAUUUCUCAGACUCAAGGCCUACCUGCGGAGUACUUGCUGAGUGCAGGCACCAAGACAAGCCGCUUCUUCAAUCGAGGCCCUGACUCUAGCUACCCACUCUGGAGGCUUAAGACUCCGUCAGAGCAUGAAAUGGAGAUGGGAAUCAAGUCUAAGGAAGCCAGAAAGUACAUCUUCAACUGCUUGGAUGAUAUGAUGCAGGUCAACCUGUCUUCUCACCUGGAGGGGACAGACAUGCUUGCUGAGAAGGCUGACAGGCGAGAGUUUAUAGACUUGUUGAAACGAAUGCUGCGUCUGGAUGCCGACAAAAGGAUCACACCAACGAAAACUCUGGGUCAUCCAUUUGUCACAAUGAGCCACCUUAUGGAUUAUCCCCACAGCUCCCACGUUAAGUCCUGCUUCCAGAAUAUGGAGAUCUGCAAGCGCCGGAGCUCCUACGAUAACAAUAAAUCCCUGUACUCCACUAAUGCAGUCCCCAGUGCUGCAGCCGGAAACCUCACUGUUACCUUCAGUAGCCAACUCAACCAGCAUAACCAGGUGCCUUCUGCCGGAGGAGCGGUGCCUUUGCUGAACUACCAGCCAGCUCUGUACCAGCAGGCAACCAUUAACAUUCCUGGGCUGACUCAACAGAGCGUCCCCAUCCCAACACGGCCUGCUGGGCUGUGUAGUCAGACAGAACCCUUCCAGCAGACUCUAAUUGUCUGCCCACCCUCUACUAUUCAAGGGCUACAGCCAUCUAGUAAGAGUUCCAGUUUCCCUGUGAGGAUGGAGAACUCUGUACCAAUAGUACCUCAGAACCAGCCUGCCCAGUCAUUGCAGAUCCAGCCAAGUAUGCUCACACAGGGUUCCUGCACACCCCUGAUGGUAGCCACCCUGCACCCACCCUCAGCAGGCAUAGCCCCCCAGUACUCUCUGCCCCUCGGGCUGGGCACUGGGGUGGGCCGACCCACCCUCCUGGAGCACACAGCCACAGUGCUGCAGGCAUGGCCAACUGGCACCCAACAGAUCCUUAUACCAUCAUCCUGGCAGCAGGUCCCAGGUGUGGCCAUCCACAGCUCCGCCCACCAGUCAACUGUUGCUGAAUCACCGCUGGAAACACUUGAUUCUUCCACUCAGCCAGGACACAGCUGGAGGAGUACAACCCAAGCCAGGAGUCAGCAGGAGAGGAAGAAGGUGAAAGCCAGGCGUGCAGAGAACAGAAACAGGGGGAUAUCCACUGCAUCACUUCUCAGCAACGGUGUGACCCCACCCAGCUCCAGCGCCAGGUUGUCCCAGCCUAUCAUUAUCUCUGACACACCCAGCCCGGCGGUCAGUAUCAUCACCAUUCACAGCGACACCGACACAGAGGAUGAGCGCAAGUUCCACCCUGCCAGUGUUGGACUGAGCCAGAGGACUAAUGUUAUCAGCUGUGUGACCGUGCAUGACUCUGACUCGUCUACAGCAAGUCCCCUGACACCUCUUCCACGCUCUCUGAACCCUGCCGCCUCCGUGUCGUCCCGUCAGGCCAAGUCUCUGGCUGUGGUGGCACCUUCAGUAAAAACCCAGAGUUCAGAGAGAGGAGCAGUUUCACGUGGACACCUAGACACUGUGAACUACAUAAAGCCUAAGAGAUCAUCCAACAGACAGCCGUGCAGCUCAGGAGAGAGCAUGGAGCGUCACGUACCGGUGCCCAGCCAGUCACACCCCUUAAACCUCAGCCAGGUUCAGUCUGUGGUUUCUUCAUCUCAGGAGCGCUCUCAAAGUGACUCUUCUUUGCGUCGACAGCAGACGUUCCCUCCGGCCGUCUCUGCCUCUCACUACAACUUCCCAGAGGUGUCGGCCCUGGCCUCUGCCUCGGCCCCUGGCCCCAGCCUUUACACCUACCCCGCCUCCACCGCCCUCUCCUCUGCCUCUCAGGCCAUGGAGCAGCUAAUGAGCCACAGCCACGGCCACUCCCCCUCCGCCUAUGCAGCAACAUACACCUCAUCCUCCUCCUCGUCCAGGAGGGACUCGGCCAGUCGGAAGGAUUCUGUCAGCAGUCUGCUGCACGGCCUCCCCGCGGCCUACCAGCACCAGUUCGCCACUGGUUCCCCUUACAUCAGUGUGACACCGCGGGCUGAGGCGUACAGUGCCUACCAGCUCAGCCCCCGGCGUCUCACACAGUACCCGUACCUAUAGGGGGGGUCACACAAAGAGAAAAGAAGAAAGCUACUCCCCUCAUAACAUCACAAAGGGACUUUGAAACUGUGUUUUAGUAGAAAAACUGUCAGUCACUUAUUUGUUUGCUGCUUAAGGCGGCAUCUCACCUCCAACUCACUUCAACUGUUUGUAGUGUUUCAAAAAUAUUCUUUGGUAUUAUUUGAUCUCUCAGUUAUUGUCCCUUUAAAAGAUUCUGUUUAUAGGGCUCAUUUUAUCCCCAUCUUACCCAGAUGUACAAUUAAGGCAUUGUGCUAAUCAUCUUUUAUCCAUGUUAUCAUGAGGUUUUGUGUGGAGAGAUUUCCUCCUGCCACAAACCACGCUGACACUUUAGCAUAGCUUUUACACGCCACACUCACAAACUAGUGGAGAGCUUCUUAUGAGUCUUGUUAUAAAGUUUUCACACUAAUCUAAUCAGGCCCUGUUUUUUUUUAGCUAACGUAACCAUGACUGUACCUUAGCCACAAUUACGUUUACUCACAGAUAUGUCUUUUACUGUUUAAAUUAUGUUUAAGGAAAGAAGGUCCAUGAAGACGACGUAUAAGAGAGAAAACUGUGAUGGAUACAUGUUAAUUUAAGUGCACAUGCGAUAGUGUGUAAUUGUAGUGACAGUGUUUAGGCAGGAUUCAUCAUGUCUUUAUGCAAUAGAAACUUUCUUUUUUUUUUUUUACUGCAUCAACUGAGUGCUGAAUGUAUUUAUGAAGUACAGAGGAGUGGAAUCAUCCUGAGUGAUGUGGAAAUGUUAAAAAAUCUUCAGCCCUUUUUCUCCUAAAAUAUGUGAAAAUCCUCUUUAAAUGGAUGGUAAAAUAUCUUUUGUGACUGUGUAGGACCUAAGUAAUCUAACCACAUUAAAGUCCAUUCUUAACAAUUUGUAUAAAGGAAACAGAUUUUUUUUCCCCACAACACUGGAAAUGCUCCCUCUGAAUUGUAUCGCUGCUGUAAAAUGUGUUUAAAAAUUGAAGAAUUAAACCUUUUAAAACUGGCAUGGAGUAAGAUUUUAAAAGUCUAAAGAGAGGCGUCCUGAGCAGUUGUAGCUCCUCCUUUGAGCCUAGCUUAUACCCAUAAAAAUGUCCCAAAGUGGCUCAAAUACCUUGUUUUCCCUUGUGGAUAACUACACUGUGGAUAGAACAGUCGCACUGUAAAAGUGUCCUCUUUUUCACAGUAGACUCACUGUUUCCUGUGACCAUCUUUAGUUUAAAGGAGGUUCAUCUCAGCAUGGUUUCUGUGGGUUAUGGAAGAUUUAAUUCACUUAAUCCUUCCCUGUUGUGUUUGCAUCUGUUUUGUGUUGUAUUGUCUGUAUAUUUAUCUGUAUUUCAUCUUAACAUAGUAUAGUUAAGAGGCUAUUUGGUAGAACUAAUUCAGGGAAAAAAAGGUUUCAAGUCAAAUAAUCCACUGUCAGUGUUUUCAAUAAAAUAUCAACCAAC